AUGCCCACAUUCCCCGUCAUCAUAACUGUCGCAAAAGACGAAUCGUCGAUUGCUGCAGCAAUCGACCCCAUUUUAUACUGUGACACCGUGACACAAGGCCUCCUUCCAGUCACCAUUUCCUCGGCGGCACAAGAAGCACUCGUCCCAGACUCGACGAUCCUGUCCGGCAUCUUGCACGAUGUUGCCGCCGACAAGCUAGCCGAAUGGACCGUCCUCCCCAACACGCUCACGACCUGCACAUUCCGCAUCCAUGUCGAGACGGUCCGCCCCAGCUACCCCAGCGAUCUCCUGAUCCGACUCGAAGCAGCCUCUGGAAGUAACCUGGCUGCCCUGGCCGGCCUGCAGGCCCUUGCGCACGCCCAGCUGCCCCAUCUCGUUCCCACAGUCCUGCAUGUCGGCGCCGUGACGGAUGCCGACGGGAGAGAGAUGGAGGAUUCCAUUACGCCCUACUACACGGGGACAGCCACGCUCGAGGAGGUAUGGGACACGCUCGGCCAGGAUGACCAGCGUGGGGUGGUGGACGUUGUGGUUCGCGCAGUGGAGACGCUGCAGAAAGCAGUCUGUGGCCAGGUUGGUGGUCCGAAGCUUGGCUAUUCUCCAGACGUUCAAGGAUUUCUGCGCGGAUUGCCGUUGCGCAAUUGCUCGCUCUCCGAGGUUGCUGGGGGGGAUCUAGUGCUAUCGUCGAUGUCCGCGGACAUUGGCCAAGUCACCUUCAGCCCGUCCGACCUGGCGGACCUCAACCGGCACGUCGUCUUUUGCCACAAUGACCUCGAACCCCGCAACAUCUUCGUCCGGUCCGUGGCCGGCCGCUGCGAAGUGGCUGCCAUCAUCGACUGGGAAAUGGCGGGCUUCUAA